AUGAUACAGGCGCUACAAAACCACCAGAAGAAAUGGCAGCGUAUCGAACUGGGUGAACCCAAGUUUAUCGAAUUCCCAGAUCCACACGAUACUGUGACCUACUUUGCGGAUAACCUGUAUGCCUACUAUCAUCGCACAGGAAGGGAGAGUGAUGGCUCUAGUUGCUGCACCCUUCGUCUUUAUCUAUUACCAUCUCUUAAUACGGGAAUCGAGUUCAACACUGGCACUAUGACAUCUUGGAUACCUUCGUGCGAGCCUUUGCAACGCAGCCCCGGAUUGACUUGUUGGUUCUUCUUGAGUCUUGUCCUUACCCGGAUGACCGAGGCCGUUUCCAAUUCAGAAGGCCCGGCCUUGAUUCCGUGGGAAGUCUGGGGAUCUUGCACAAUCUGUCUUCCCGACACCGAGCUCCCUGACAUAAUUUUGCAUGGAGGGAAGUACCUAUUCUUACGGGGUAGCUCCGCCCCUCAUUCUCCGGAUGAUUCAUUGUUUCCGAUACUAUCACAGGCGAAGGUCCCAAACAGCGGCAACUGGGUUUGUACAUCCAAGUCGAACCAGGACACUACAUCGAGAGAGCCUUCUUAUGCAUACACAAUAGACUGUCGCACCCCGGUACAAGAAUCGCACGAGCUCGGAAUACUUGGAGAGGCAUUGCCAGAUAUCCGUGCCUAUUGCAAGAAAACAGCGGUCAAUGUGGACGAAGAAACCAAGUGCAAUAUCAAUGACUAUGAUGUUAUGGCAAACGACGAGCACUUCGCGAUUUACACUUGGGAAAAUGAUACCAAGGAGAUCAGUGCGGUGUUUGUAUCUAUACGUUAUGACCGAUAA